AUGGCGAGCUCAAGCGGAUCCGGCCGAAGUUUGGGGACCCAAGAGUUGCGAUGGCGUCGCCAUGGUGAUUCCCAUGGCGAUUCGUCCUCACCCAUCCCCUAUCGUGAAGGACCACUGGAGUAUACCCCAGUUGUGCUAUGCAAAUACGGUGCAAAAGCUGCUAGGUUCAUAUCUUGGAGUGAUUUGAACACAGGAUUGCGCUAUCUGAAGUGUGCACGGGCUCAUGAUGGUGGUUGCGACUUUUAUAAUUGGGUGGAUCCCCCAAACAGUAGCUUCAAGAAGCAACUUCUGCUUGAUUUGCGAGAUGCAGUGAAGUACUGGAAGCAUGCAACUGGAGUAGCUGAACAGAGUUUGAAAGAUGCAAGAAUGGAGACUACAAGACUCUUGGAAGGUGCAACAAGGGAGAAUCAAAGACUGCAGCUUCAGCUGGAAGGCACAACAAGGGAGAAUCAAAGACUGCAGCUUGAGCUGGAAGGCGCUGUCAGGUACAAUGAAGACAGAGGGGCCAUGUUUGUUGCAGCCAGGAGAGAUGUGGCCAUUAUGCAAGCUGAAUUGCAGUUGGGAGCUGAAUCUAGGGUUGAGUUAGAGGUGAGGAUAGGGACAUUGGAGAAGGAGAGGAAGUUGUUGUUUGGUGCUCUAUUUGUUUGUGUAGGAUUAGUGGCUGCUUCCUGGAUGCCUUGGAUCAUGUAA